AUGGUCUUGCCAAGGAACGUAUCUGCAUCGACGCUUGAGGUGCUGGAUAGUAGCACCAAGGACUGGUCCUCUUUGCAAGAGUAUGUGGAGUGGCAUGGAGGGAACAAGAUUAUAUCUAGAAUUCUCAUAGCAAACAAUGGCAUUGCUGCAGUCAAAUGCAUGCAGUCCUUGAGAAAAUGGCAGUAUGCCGAGCUCGGUAUCGGGGACGCCUUGUGCUUUGUGUGCAUGGCAACGCCGGAAGAUCUCGCAGCGAAUGCUGAAUUCAUACGGAUGGCAGAUGAAAUUGUUGAGGUGCCCAAGGGUUCGAACAACAACAACUAUGCCAACGUUGACCUCAUCGUCGACAUUGCACAACGAAAGGAGGUCGACGCAGUGUGGGCGGGCUGGGGGCAUGCCUCGGAGAACCCUCGCCUUCCUGGCAGCCUGGCAAAGGACAAGAGAGGCGUUGUGUUCCUCGGGCCCGGUGCCAAGGCCAUGUACGCGCUCGGAGACAAGAUAGGCUCCACCAUUGUCGCUCAGUCGGCUGGCGUACCUUGUAUAGAGUGGAGCGGGACUGGCCUCAACAUGGCUUCGCUUCUGGCCAUGGGAGAAUCGGAUGUGCCUGCUGAGAUCUACGAUCGAGCCUGCGUUCACAAUGUGGAGGAAGCGCUGGAAAUGGGAGAGAAGGUCGGCUACCCGCUGAUGGUGAAAGCUUCGGAGGGCGGAGGAGGGAAGGGGAUUCGGAAAGUCACGUCGAGGGAGGAGAUCAAGGACGCGUUCUUACAGGUGCAAGCAGAGGUCGUCGGCUCUCCGAUCUUUCUCAUGCGUCUCUUCUCCGGUGGGAGGCACAUCGAAGUUCAGGUCCUGGCGGAUCAGCAUGGUGAAGUCAUUACACUGCACGGAAGAGACUGCUCUAUCCAGCGGCGGCACCAGAAGAUUAUCGAGGAGGGCCCUCCCGUAGCAGCAGACCCCAACGCCUUCAUGGAGAUGGAGAGAGCGGCAGCGUCGCUGGCCAAGGCUGUGGGGUAUGUCGGGGUGGGGACCGUGGAGUACCUGUACAGAGACGGCCAGUUCUUCUUCCUGGAGAUGAACCCUCGCCUCCAGGUCGAGCACACAGUCACUGAGAUGAUCAACGACAUCAACCUGCCGCUAGCCAUGCUGCUGGUUGGGAUGGGCAUCCCUCUGCACCGCAUCCCUGACGUCCGCACGCUCUACAACGCGCCGGACAGGCACGGAACCUCUUGCAUCGACCUUGAUAUCAGUCACAGGAACCCCCCAAAGAGGCACGUGAUCGCCGCUAGGAUCACGGCGGAGAAUCCGGAUGCUGGCUUCAGGCCCACUAGUGGCUCCAUACAGGAGCUGAACUUCCGGGUCAGCCCGCAGGUGUGGGGCUACUUCUCAGUGUUCGGUAGAGGGGCCGUGCACGAGUUCGCCGACUCGCAGUUCGGGCACAUUUUCUCCUCCGGGAGCACCAGGGAGUCUGCGCGCAAGCACCUCGUCAUUGCGCUGCAGGACCUGACGAUCUACGGAGCCAUCCGCACUACAGUGCAGUACCUGAUCAAGAUGCUGGAGCUGGAGGACUACAAGGAGAACAGGAUCGACACCCAGUGGCUCGACGGCCUGAUCGCCACCAAGAUGAUCAACACCAAGGAGCCGGACGGGCCCGAGCGGUUCCUCGCCAUCGUCUUCGGAGCUGUUGUGAAAGCGCUGGCAGCUCUGAAGCAGCUGAGGACUGAGGCCAUCACAGCGCUCGACUACGGCAGGAUCCCCCCACCCUCCCUGCUCUGCACGACCUUCCCGAUCGAGCUCAUCCUGGACUCCACCAAGUUCUGCCUGGUCGUGACUUGCACUGGCCCCAACAUGUUCGCCGUGAAGCUCAACGACAGCAUCGUGUACGCCGACGCACGUCCCCUGAGCGACGGUCGGCUGCUCAUUUUCGCCAACGGCAAGACGAGCACGGUCUUCACGGACGAGGACAACACGGGUCUGCGUUUGGAGAUCGAUAACAAGACCGUCGUCUUCGAAAAGGAGAACGACCCGUCGAAGCUCCGAGCCAGCACGACCGGGAAACUGGUCCGCUUCCUGGUAGAGGACGGCCGCAGGGUGGAGCCCGGGAUGGCGUUUGCGGAGAUGGAGGUCAUGAAGAUGUACAUGCAGCUCUCAGCGACGCAUGCAGGAGUUCUGAAGCAUGUGGCCAAUGCAGAGUCGUACGUGAAGGCUGGAGACGUGAUCGCCGUGCUAGACCUUGACGACAAGGAAGGGGUCACCACAGCAGAGCUGUUCAAGGGCUCGUUCCCUCCCUUCCUCCCUCCUCACCUUCCCGGGCGCCGCUGCCACAAGAAGCUGCGGGAAGCGCUGCAGCGGGCAGAGGCGAUCAUGGCAGGCUACACUGACCCUGCGAUGAAGGAGGGUGACCUUCAUGCCGCUGUCAUGGCUCAGAUCUCCAGCGCCCUCCACGACCCGAAUCUCCCUUACUAUCAGAUCCAGGAGGCGUUCAACACGGUCAAGGCAGCGCUGCCGAAGCACGUGAUCGAUGAGAUGGAGGACAUCAUCAGCUCCGAGCAGAAGCUGGGGAGCAUGACGCUGCAAUCUGACGUGGCGUCUUGCUCCCGGCUCCUGCUGGACAAGCUUGCCCCCUACGAGUCCGACACGCGGCUCCAGAUGCUGAUCCAGGUCCUCCAGAGCCAUGCCUCGGGGCACGGGUUCUUUGUGUGGCAGACGCUGAGCCCCUUUCUCCAUAAGUACCUGGCGGUGGAGGGGAACUUCAGCGGGAUGCUGGAUGCAAGAGAGGAGGUGAUCAUGAAGAUGCUCAAGGCGGCGACGAUCGAGGCGAAGUCGGAGCAGGGACUCGAGGCCCGGCAGCAGCGGCAGCUUGCGUGCGAGCGCGUGUACGAGGCGCUCCUGACGAGCUUCUCUACCUCCAACGCUCAGUGCAUGCGCGUGCUGAGGGACCUCGAGGAGCUGAGGGGUCAGCCGUACUCAAAGGUUGCGCUCGAGGCCCGGCAGCUGCUGGUGCAGAUCGUGACGCCCUCGAUCGAGAUCAGGCACGAGGUGAUGGAGCAGCAGCUGGUGCAGAUAGUGCAGGAGUGGGGCAAGAGCAACGACACGGACCUGGUCAAGGGCUACAAGAGCUUCGGGCACUACCUCUCCCCCAUGGUCGAGUCGGUGACGUCACUCUUCGAGGAGCUGUCGGCCUUCAUUGGCACUCAGUACCCGCGGGAGAUCCGCAUGGCGGCGCUGGAGCUCUUCAUCCGCCGCUCCCACAGGCAGUACACCAUCGCGUCCCUCUGCAUCUUCGAGGAGGCGGCGACGGCGGGCAAGGAGGUGAUGUGCGCUGAGAUGUGGUUCCAACGGCAGUCAUGGCUGUCGAGCUCGAGCAACCGCUGCGUGCUGGCCAACAGCCACUCGGACGAGGACAUGUCGAGGAGGGGAGAGAAGAGCCCCAGCUCGCAGGAGCCCGCGCAGAGCUCGAGGAGGAGGGCCAAGCCCGAGGAGUGCAGCCAGGAGGGUCUCGACACCCUGCGCUGCUCCCCCUCCCCCUCCAAGACGUUCCUCUCCGACGACGGGCCGGACUCGACGCAGAGCGACAACGGGAUCGACUUCAACGACCCCGUCCACGUGCUCAACCUGAUCCUGUGCACGUCCACCAGGUCCUGCAAGGAUGAGCAGAUCCAGGAGCGGGUGGCCCUGCUUAUCCAGAACCACAAGAUCCUCCUCCUCUCCCUCAAGAUCUCCCGCGUCACCCUUAUCAUCCUCCGGCCGGACGGGGGGUACCCCGCCUUCCACACGUUCAGGGACCGGCUCGACUACCAGGAGGAUCUGAUCUACCGGCACCUGAACCCCCCCCGGGCCUUCAUCAUCGAGAUCGGCAGGCUGAGCGUCAACUAUGACGUGGACCACGUCCUUGACGGGCCCGUCUCGAACCGGCACAUCCGGAUCUACAUCGCCACUCAGAAGAAGAACGGGGAGAGCUCAAGGACCGACAUGAAGCGCUUCUUCGUCCGCUCCAUGGUGCUGGGCCGGGUGAUGGCGGACGCGGAGGACAGCAUCGCGUUCCUCCGUCACGACCUGGAGCAGAUGAUCCAGGAGAGCUGCGAGAGCCUCGCGCUGUCCAAGGGCUACAUCGAAAGGAGCACAGGGAAGGAGGUAGCGUACAACCGUUUCGGCACGCUGCAAAUGUGCAACCACAUGUUCCUCGCCGUCCUCCCUCACCUCCUCCUCUCCCGCCACGAGGCCAUCGCGGUCCUCCAGGAGGUUGCCGACCGUCACUUCCGCCGCCUGCGACAAGUUGGGGUCAUCGAGGUUGAGGUGACCUUGACCUUGAUGGAACAGGAGCACAGCGCACAGGGGCACAUGAGAGGAGGAGGGGCAGGAGGAGGAGGGGCAGGAGGGCAGGAGGGGCCGGGCAUGCAACCGACGAGGCUGCGGGUCGUCCUUGUGAACCCCUCGGGGCACAAGGUGCAGACGAACGCGUACCUGGAAGUGUUCUCGUCCUCCCAGGAGAUCGGGAUCAGCAACUACAUCUUCAAGUCUGUGCCGGUGGACGGGCGACCGGCCGGGGGACCUCUGGAUGGAAAGCAGCUGUCUACUCCCUACCCUCCUAUAGACCAGCUCGAGCUUCGGCGGCUGAUGGCGAAGGGGAAGGAGACUACCUACUGCUACGACUUCAUCACCGUCUUCGAGAAGGCCGUUGCCAGCAUGUGGGAGGACUACGCGCGAGCGGCGCACCAUGAGAAGAUGCAGGCAGUAUCCAAGAGUUCAACUCCUGACCACAAGUUCGAAGUCACCGAGCUCGUCAUCCGCCCCCCCGGCCUCAACGACGUCGCCAUGGUGGUCUGGAGGGUGUCGGUCACGACGCCCGAGUGUCCCAAGGGCAGGGAGUUCAUCCUCAUAGUCAAUGACGUCACCCUUCAGAACGGCAGCUUCGGAGUCAGAGAAGACCAGGUCUUCCACCUUGCCACCUCUCUCGCUCAGGAGGAAGGCAUUCCUCGCAUCUUCGUCGCCGCCAACACAGGCGCGCGCAUCGGGCUGGUGGACGAGGUCAGGAACAAGUUCCGCGUGCAGUGGAAGGACCCUCUGAACCCGAGCUCGGGCAUGGAGUUCCUCUACCUCGACGAAGAUACGGUGGACGUGCUGGUCAAGAGGGGGAUGGCGCAGGUGGAGGAGGUGACGGCGUCGGACGGGACGAGGAGGAGCAAGUUGGCCGCUGUCAUCGGGCCCGACGGGAUCGGAGUGGAGAACCUGAGGGGGUCGGGAAAGAUCGCCGGGGGCACCUGCCGGGCGUACCGGGACAUCUUCACACUGACGUUCGUGUCCGGGACGAGCGUUGGGAUCGGGGCGUACCUGGUGCGGCUCGGGCAGCGGGCGAUCCAAAAGGGGCCGCCGAUCCUGCUGACUGGGGAGGCGGCGCUGAACAAGGUGCUGGGAAAGAAGGUCUACACGUCGAACUACCAGCUGGGGGGGACGCAGAUCAUGUGGAGCAACGGAGUAGCGCACGAAGUGGUGUCCAACGAUCUCAUGGGAGUGCAAGCCAUCAUGCGCUGGCUGUCGUACGUGCCCGCGCGGAGAGGAGGAGGACCUUGUGUGCUGCUGUCUCCCUCGAGGAAGCUCCUGGACCCCAUAGAGAGAAAAGUUUACGAUCCCAGGAGGGGCCCCGACCCGCAGACCGUCUACGACCCGCGCAUCCUCCUGACGGGAGCGGUGGACGCCAUCGGCAAGUGGCGGGGAGGGCUCUUCGACAGGGACUCAUUCCACGAGUCGCUCGACGGGUGGGGCAUGACGACCAUCUGCGGGAGGGCGAGGCUGGGGGGCAUCCCAGUCGGCGUCGUCCUGCCGGAGAUGAGGAGCGUCAACUGCACCCACCCCGCGGACCCCGCGGACCCCGACUCCAAGGAGCAGAACGUGGUGCAGGCGGGGGGUGUGUGGUUCCCGGACUCAGCCUACAAGACGGCGACUGCGAUCCGGGACAUGAACCUAGAGGAGCUGCCGCUGUUCAUCCUUGCCAACUGGCGCGGUUUCAGCGGGGGGAUGCGUGACAUGUACGAGGAGAUCCUCAAGUUCGGGUCCAUGAUCGUGGAGAACCUCGUCGACUACUCCCACCCCAUCUUCGUCCUCGUCCCUCCUGGGGGCGAGCUGAGGGGGGGUGCCUGGGUGGUGAUCGACCCGACCAUCAACCCGGAGCAGAUGGAGAUGUACGUCGACCCUUCAGCGCGAGGAGGCAUCCUCGAGCCCUCGGGCAUCGUCGAGAUCAAGUACAGGAGGAACCAACUGCUGGAGACGAUGAGCCGGCUCGACCCGGAGGUCGCCUCGCUCAGCAUGCAGCUGACGACUGCCCCGGAGCACGAGAGGAGGGGGAUCGCGAUGCAGCUCAAAGCCAGGCAGGAGCUCCUCCUCCCCCUUUACCUCAAGGUCGCCGAGCACUUCGCCGACCUCCACGAUGUUCCUGCUCGCAUGCUCGCCAAGCGAUGCGUUCACGGCAUCGUCGACUGGACGUGGAGCAGGCAGUUCUUCUAUGCUCGCCUCGCCGUCGCCUAG